AUGGCUGCGGGCUUCAAACCUCUUUCUGGGCAGCAAUGGCGUGGUAGUUUUUCUACUGUCUCUGAUUUGUUGGAUGGCACGUUGGGUAGAUGGAAGGAUGAUGUGGUUCGGCAAGUCUUUUGUGCGCAUGAGGCUUCUAUGGUGUUGAGCUUGCCUUUGCCUCGGACUGUAACUGCGGAUAUGUUAGUGUGGGCUGCCACUGAUAACGGUCUUUUCAAUACCAAAUCUGCCUACCAGCUAGUUCUGAGUUCCCAUGAUGGCCCCUCGACGUCGAUGGGCGAUGAUCGUGGUGGUUUGUGGAGUAGCAUUUGGAAGACCAAGUCCAUUCCUCGUUGUAGGGACAUGAUGUGGCGUAUCUGCCAUGGUUUCCUUCCAACGGCUGUCAAUUUGAGUCGUCGUGGUGUUGAUAUGGAUUUGCUAUGCCCUAUGUGUGGGGAGGGGAAUGAGACAACGACUCAUGCGCUGCUCUUUUGUCCUGCGGUGGCCCCAAUUUGGUUUAUGUCUCCCUUGUCUUUUGCCUUCCAUGGAUCUCAACCUGCUAAUUUUUCGAUGGAGGCAUGGCUUCGGACUUUGCUGGACCAGAAGGAUGAGUGGGUGAUCGAUAAGGUAUCCACGUUGCUGUACGCAAUUUGGGCUAGACGAAACCUCUGGGUUUUUGAUCAACGUUGGCUGACUUUGGAGCAGACGUUGAAGCGUGCAGCUGCAAUGGAGGUGGUGAAGCUGGAUGAUUUUCAGGGGUUGGGUAGUGCUGGUUUGAACAUAGCCCAGGUGGAUAGACAAGACGUGUGGCAACCACCACCGAGAGGCUCUGUGAAGGUCAAUGUUGAUGCUUCUUUCAAGCAUGGUGAGGUGGUGGGUACGGGCAUGGUGGUGCGAGAAGCAGAUGGUGGUUUGCUCCUGUGUGCGUCGGGGAAGAUGGUUGGAGCUCUAUCGGCGGCUAUGGCGGAAACAAUGGCCUUGCGGUGGGCGCUGGGCCUGGUUUUGGAGAUGGGUAACCAGUGGAUCGUUGUUGAAACUGAUUGUGCGGUUCUUCACAGUACUUGGAGGAGUGCUCAUCAUGAUCGCUCUUACCUUGCAGCUGUGGUCCAAGAUUGCGUGGCUCUUUCUACUGGUUUUAGUUCUUUUUCUUUUGUUUUGGUUCGUAGAAAUGCAAAUCGAGCAGCGGACUACAUGGCAAAAUUUGCAUUAUCUAAUCUUUGUUUUGUUUGGUUUGGGAAUUUCCCUAUGGGUCUGGAGCAUAUUAUUGCUUCUGAUGUAAGCUCUCUUGCUAAUCAAUAA